AUGAGGAGUGAUCGCUGAAGAGGACCCAGUCCGACCUUGUCUGACUCACAGCCCCGCGUCUGCUCGGCUUGUAGCGGGGUUAAAAUCCGUUGAGCCGCCGUGGAUCCCCCUUCAGGCGCGCACAACUUUGGCUUUCAUUCAUAUAUUUUUUUCUAAUCGCUGCUCGUCUACGCCUGGGGGAUGUGCACAGGAACAAGCAAACUACUCCAAGCUCUUCCGCAUAUUGGAUCGCUCCCCAGCAGUGUCCCUGCAAGGAUUCGGGAAAAGAAGACUCCUGCUUAAACGGAACCGAGGAUUAUUAUUUUUUUUUUUUAGAUCCAAAUCGGGCUUUUUUAUUUCGCCUCAAAUUGAUUUUCUGAGUUUAUUAAAUAUUUUUCGCCCGUGGAGCGGAGUAAUUAAUUGCGUUUCUUAGAUCUCAGCAUAAACCCAGGUUUAGACGAGGCUUUGCAGUGGGAUUGAACAGCACCGCACAAUUCCGAUCAGAAUGCAUUCUAUUUAGGGCACGCUCUGAUUUACACUAAGUGUCACAUUUAGGGAUGGCGAACGACUACAAUCGCAACAUUGUGGAAAACUACAUCUGCCAUAAACUCUCCAAACGGGGAUACGUGUGGGGGUUUAACGGAGUCCCGGACGACGCCGCCGCCAAUAACGGAGGUUUAGGUGACCAUUCGCCGACUUUGGUUCGGCGCUGCCGCGAUGCAGGACCGGGGCCCGACAGCGACAGCGACCCCCACCGCCUCUGCAGGCGGAUCUCCCAGUCCGACCCGUACGCAGACAUCCACCGGGUCCUGCGCGACGCCGGGGACGAACUCGAGAAACUGUACCAGUUGGACUUCGUGGAGAUGUCGCAGCAGCUGUACCUCACCAGAGACACGGCGAGGACGAGGUUCGCCGAGGUCAUAAACGAACUGUUCCGGGACGGCGUGAACUGGGGUCGGAUUAUCGCUUUCUUCGAGUUCGGAAGCACGGUGUGCGUGGAGUGCGCGUCCAAAGAGGAGAUGACAUCGCAGGUGGACCACAUCGCGGAGUGGAUGACGGAAUAUUUAAAUGGACCCCUUGACAGCUGGAUACAAGAUAACGGGGGAUGGGAUGCGUUUGUGGAACUGUACGACAGACAAAAGGAGUCGGUCUUCAGCUGCUACUGGCCGUCCAUCAAGACUGUCUUUGGCCUGGCUGCGCUCGGAGCGGCCAGCGUCACCAUCGGAGCAUACCUUGCACAAAAGUGAACAGUAUCUCUAUCUCUCUCUUCAUCUCCUGACUCCUCCGGGCUCAACUUUAUUUCUCAGCACCGUCCUCCUCCUCCUUUUUUAUUUCUUGCGCCUCCUGUUUUCAAAGAUGCCCCUGACCCCCUCAGAGACAACCUUCAGACCGAUUCUGGCCCUCUUCAAAGCCUCUCUGUGAACGCUUCUUUUCCUCAUGCCCCUUCUGUCAAAACAGACACGAAUCAAAAAACAGCAGAGGGAACCAGAGGCGCGGCCCGUAGACGCAUCCGAGGAGCGAGAAAACCAGGCUGACUGUGGCUGAGGAGGAAGAAGGAAUGCACGUCUUUUUCUUUCAUUUCUUGCCUGCUUCUGUACUAGUUUAUUGCAUGAACGUUUGAAUGGUAGAGUAUAGACACGAGAAAGGUGUGGCAGUGCGGGACCUGUUUUAGGAGGGCUUGGUGAUGAAGACGCAGCGGACCCCGAUCCCCAAAACCUUGUUAUAGGAUGAAGGACCCUGUCUGAGCUGUGGACUCCAGUUACCUCCCUACAGCCGUCCUUCAAAGAACUUCUGUAGAACAGCUGCUUAGAUUGUGUAAUGGAAACAGCUCACUGCAGCCAGCACAGCGUGUGUCUACUGUUUUCACUUCUCACACAGCUCAGGUGAACACAUUGCACCACUAUGCUAUCUCUCUCUCUCUCUCUCUCUCUUUCUCUGGGUCUGUAAUGGAGGGAGAGGAAGCCUGAGCUCAGCUCAGCUGAAAGCUCCUUGAUUUUCGUGCUGGGUUUUUAUUUUUCUUGCAUGCCAAACCAAAUAAGGAGGUGUGUGUAUGUGUGCCUGUUUAUGUGUGCGUGUGUUUUCAAGGAGCAUAAAAUAAAGCGUGAAGGUAUGUUGCUGAGUGUCCUGAGGGAAACGUGCAGUCGAGCGCACAAAGAGAAUCGGUUAGAGGUACAAUAAAUGUUGCUUUCUUCAGCCUCCAACGUCUGACCGGACAAUUUUAAGAGCUCGUUCUUCAAGCAGUGUAAUGUGAAGUAGAUUCAUAGCUUUACUAUUAGCAUAAACAACUCAAGAGUUUUGUGACUGCUCGUGGUUCUCCUCACAGAGCCCUUUUGGGGUCCAAUUGUCUGGUCUCGCCCAGGUGUCAGGCGACACGUGUGUCCUCCAGUUGCUGCCGCCCCGCAGUAACUCAAUAAUGAAUCCGCUCUGACACAGACAGCUGUUGACGUGGACUGACAGAGAAAUGUUCUUGUGUGGCCACAUGUGACUGGGUGGAAAUCAAGUCCGCAGCAUUUCGGUAGUGGACUCCUGGUCGUUGGAACCUGAGCUGUCCCUCCCUCCCUUUUUCUGUCCGGCCUCCGAAAGCACCCGGGGAUUGAUUUUUAUUCCUUUCAGCCUGUUUUAUUGAUGUUCGUCUUGUGUUGCAGUCUGAUGGAAAAUUCCAGGUCCCCAAAAUAUUUUUGGUUGGACACGUCUUCCCAGCCUUUUCGCGGAGUGGGAAUUUGGAUUUUCUCUUUCUGUUUCUUCGUUGCAUGGAUGAAAGUCAACCGUAACACAAUAGAUGCCCAUGAUGUGUAACUGUAUUUAUAAUACGACAGGCUAUAGAGAAGAAGUAACAAUAAAUAAAGCUACAUUUCUUUAAUUUAUUUCAAGGUACAAGAUUACAGACUUUCAGAAUAAAACUAGUCACUUUUAUUUUCCUUUUUCUAUGGAAUCACACUGUAAACUACAUAGUUUCCUGGCUGCUAAUACAACAAUGUGUAGAAAUUAAUCUUUGUGUUGCGUUGAUGUCGGCUGCUAUUCUGUCAAGAUUAAAACUAUUCCUCACAGCUUAAACUGCCACAACUUCACAGUACACAUGUGUAGAGAGCUGGAAACCAAAGUAAACUUGUGCUGGUCUUUAAUUUAAAACAUAUCUGACAGAGCAUACAGUGCCGUGCAAAACCUUUUUCACAUUUCGUCAGAAUUAAGUCUGCUUUUUUUUUAGUGGGAUUUUAUGCGACAGACCAAGACAGAGUAGUGCAGAACGGGAUAUGUAACAUUCAAAAACAUAUAUCAAAAAUCCAAACUGUGGUGUUUGUUCUAUUCAGCCCCUUUUACUCUGAUGCCAACAAAUAAAAUGUGGUGUCAUGUUAGCAGGUGUUCUGUGAGCAGACAUUAUGGAAAUCAAGAAACACACCAGACAAGUCCAAGGUGUGGAGAACCAUUAAGCACCGUUAGCUUAUGAGACAGCAUUCAAAGCACUGAACGCAUCAUAAAGCACUCCUCAGAAGUUCGCUCUCCAGCAGAACAGCGACACUAAAAGUACAGUGAGAGUUGAGAUGAAAUAGUUUAGGUCAUGCAAAACGUCAUGACAUCAAAACAGCAGCAUUAAACAUCAGAGUGGAAAUGUUAUAUCUACGGUGAGACAUGCUGGGGGCAUUGCAUCUGGAUUAAGGUUCUUUGACUGAGCUUGAGUUUGUACUGAAAGGGCGAAACGGCCAAAUAAUAUGAUUUUAAAUGUCAAAAAGUGGCAGAGACAAGCUGAAAAAUACCUACUACUGCUGGGGAAUACAAAUGCACAAAACACUUUGAAAACCAUGCAUCAUUUUUUUUCCUCCACUUCCCAAUUAUGCUGUAUUUUGCGUUGGCCUGUCACACAAAAUCCCAAUAAAAUCCAUAGAAGUUUGUGGCUGUAAUUUUGUCAGAAUGUGAAAAAAUAAAAAUAAAUAAAAAUACAACUCAUAGGAAUGCUUUUGCAAGGCAGUGCGGCUUCAGCUCACCGAGGGGUUUCUGUGUAGUGUAACUGUACUAUAGCCGCUUCACUUUCAUCCGCUUCAUGCUCACACAAUAACUAAAGUGUAAAAUGUCAAAUGCCAGACCUAAACCUCCUCCUUUUAGCCACCACGGCUCACAGAGUGAUGCGUGUGUUUGUAUGAAACAGAGGGCGAUUCCUGCACAGGAAGAUAGGAAGAACUUUAACAGCAAUAUACUGUCAUUUUCAUAACCUCUGUGCAUAUAUGAAUGUAGCACUCUUGUUGCUGUCCUGUUUCAUUGUCUAUAAUCUAUACAAAAAAAAAAACCUGUAGCACUUAUUAAAAGAGAAAGUGAAUCGUGUUCCUGUUGUUUACCGCUAUAUCCACAAUAAGCUAGUGGGAUCAUAUUGUUCCUAAUAAAUCAGAUUUCUCCAGCAGAUGCAGUCUUGA